UGAUAGAUUUGGACGCUUUGGAAACGAUGUUUUCUUGCCAAAAAAAAAAGGUGAGUCAACUCAUCAUAUUAAAUUUUUAACCCGCAUCAAUCAGUGUUAAAACCAAGAUCAUUGUAUAUUGAAUUGUUUGAAAAUCUGGAAAUUGUUAAUUUAUCUUCCCAGCGAAAUGAUUACCUCUUUAUUUUGUUUUACCGUUAUAUUAAUGAUGACCAACGGUUUGGAAUCAACAUCAUCAUAUGAUGAAAAAUAUUAUUAUCAGCCAGGUUUUGCCAUGGAUAAUAUUGUGUCCAGAUGUGAUUUUUCAAUAAAUUCAUGCCGAUUUCGAAAUCAACAUAAUUUAGCAUUAUAUAAUCGUUAUGCAAAAUAUCGUAAUGCAUGCUUGUUUAUAUCAUAUCGUUAUAAUGGUCCAGGAUUUUUACGAUUUUUCAUCAUUCAACAAGAUAAUGAUAAUAGAUGUAUCUAUUCGUAUGAUCGUUCCAAAUUAUUCAUUUCAUCAUCAACAAAUAUAAUUCAAGAAAAUAAAUGGAAUUCAUUAGAAUUACAAUUAGAUUUAAAUGAAGGUGAUGUUAGAUUUUUUUUGGAAACACAUUUUAAUAGUACAAAUAAAUUUGGUUAUUUUGCUAUUGGUGAUUUUAAUUUUGGUUAUGGUUAUUGUCACAAUAAAAAUGAAAAUCAUUGUUAUGAUAAUAUUGUUAAUAGACAUAUUAAUGUUGCACCAACAGCUAAUUGA